GCAAUAAUGUAAAAAAAAUGGAUGAAAUGAAAAAGAGAAAGUAAAGACUGUUGAAGGGGGCUGUAAAAACAAUACAUCCUCAGAGGAGCCGGUGAGACGAAGAGAAAAAGGUAUCUGGCAACGAGGAAAAGAAGGAGAACACUAACAAGGGAAUAACAACUGAAGAAAAGAGUGACAGAGGAAGAUUUGUCAACUUCCUCUUGUGGUCCAGCGGCUGCUUCAACCAUGAACCUGAGCUUGACCUUUGCCCUGUUGCUGCUGCUGAGUCUGCACACCUGUACAGCCAUGGAAGGCAGAGGCCAGCGCAAACAGAGACAAGCUGAGGAGAGCCUGAGACCGUAUCUUGGCAGAGUCCAGCCAGAAAAGCUUUGUGAGCUGCUGAAAUGCCAUAGUCCAGUGGGAUCUUGGUGUCAGGUAGUUCAGGAAAAUGGAGUCCUUGUCCCCAAGUGUGUUUGUCCUCAGUCCUGUCCACGGCAGAGGGCACCAGUGUGCAGUGUUCUGGGAAGGACCUAUGGGAAUGAAUGUUUGCUGCAUAAGGAAGCCUGCAGAAAGAGACGCCGCACCGGCCUGGCUCACACAGGACCCUGCCUGGUCCCCAAGGCUAAAUGCACCGAGGAGGAGUUAAGCCAGUUUCCAUAUCGUCUCCUGGACUGGUUCCUGCUCCUGAGUCGUAUGGGGGAGUCCUACGCACCUGCUGCCCCACCCCAGAGCUGCCUCAGCCAUGGAGAGAGGACACAACUAGCACAGCAAAGAUUUAUCAUACUGGACAAGAACAAAGAUGGCAAGUUGAGCCGCAGGGACCUGAGGAAGCUGCGUUACAAGAGGAUGCCACUGGAGCACUGUGCUACACCAUUCUUUCAAGUGGCAUGUAUUUUCAGGAAGCCAAUAGCAUGGGAGGAAACAAGCUAUGAUUACAUGGCCUAUUUGAUAAGAAGGUCAUGUGACCGUAACAGGAACAGGAAGGUGACCCUGCGAGAGUGGACGGCUUGUCUGGUGGAUCGCUCCGAGACCUGGUUCUACCGUUUCAUGUCAAUGAGAAUGGGUUCCCGCAAGCUGUGUCCUACCAUCAAAGAGAACAUCCUUUGACAUGAAAAACAGCCAUGAAGCUCUGCAUGUCUUUUGUCCUGUAAAGAACUGGCUGAAGACAAUAUCGCAGCAGCUAUCUGAUUUAAAAGCUACAGGGUGGCAUCUCCACACACUGCUCACUCAUCCAUUUGACUUUGUAUUGCAGCUUGUAAUUCAGUGAUUUAUCACGUCUUCAGAUCAAGUCUGCUGGCUGUCUGUGCAUUCAUGUGCAUGCUCAAAAGGGACAAAUAGAUGUGUGGACGGACUGACCGCCAGUAUUGUUCAUUACAUUAGCUGACAUUUGUACAUUUGUGUUGUAAAAGAGCAGAGGCAACAUUAACUACCAAAUUACAUGGCGUGCUUUGAAUAACCAAUUAAAAGGGAGGAUGACAGCACUGCAGACAGACGGCGCAAUGUAUACAGAAUGACAAACUAGAUGGGAAGCAAAGAUAAGGGGAAAAGAAACGCUUAGCAUGAGAUGACGUGAUCGGAGAAGAGACAAAGAGAUAAUAAAGGGGCUGAAGGGGAGAAGUAGAGGAAAGUGUCAUAAUGCACUGGAGGAGAGUGAGCGAGGGAAGGAGGGGAGCAAAGUGACUGAAGGAAGGAGAGGGCAGUACAAAGUGUGUUUGUGAAAGAUGGGAGGAGGUAAUGCACUGUAAAUGGGAGUUGAGAGUAAUGGAGUAAUGCAUAAAAAAUGGAUCAGAAAUGAGGGAAAGACUGAGAACGGAGAGUGAGGGGGGAAGGGGAAGGCUGAGAAAGCGGGAGGAACUGAGGAGAGGAGGAAAUGCAAGAAAAAAGGUUUUGAUGCUGCAAAACAUUCCCUUCACAGCCGACUCUGUAAAAAGCAUCUCCGAGCAUGAUGCAGAAUAUUUGAAACACUUGACCUCUGUCAAGGUCAAGAAACUUGCAUAAUGCACGCUUGCUGACUUCUUGUA